AUGACUUCCCCUUUGCUUCCCUUUCUCUGCCUCUCAAUGAUUCUGUUACCCCUUCAACUCAUCAGUGUUGUAGCCCAAACCAAAACCAAGUUAGCUAUUGGUGAUUCUCAUACUGCAGGAAAAAGCACAACCCCAUGGUUGGUUUCAUCACCUUCUGGUGUCUUUGCCUUUGGUUUCCUCCCACUUGAGAACUCACCUGAUGAUUUCAUACUAUGCAUUUGGUAUGCCAAUAUUCAAAACAAGACCGUAGUUUGGUUUGCCAAUAGGGAAAAGCCUGCACCAAAGGACUCAAAAGUGGAGCUUACUGCUGAUGAUGGGUUGGUGCUCACUGCCCCCAGUGGUGACCAGUUAUGGAAGACUGGAACCAGUGUUAGAGUUUCAAGUGGUGUCUUUAAUGACACUGGCAACUUUGUCCUUCAGGAUGGUGGCUCCAACAGUGUUUGGGAGAGUUUCAAGGAUUAUAGAGACACCUUGCUGCCCUAUCAGACUCUGGAAAAGGGUCAAAAGCUUUCUUCUAAGCUUAGGGGGAAUGAUUUCAACAGUGGCAGGUUUGAGCUAUUUUUCCAAAACGAUGGUAAUCUUGUGAUGCACUCUAUAAAUUUACCAUCUGGAUAUUCUAAUGAAAACUACAAUGAAAGUGGAACCAUUGAGUCCAACACUGCUAGUGCUGGGAUUCGAUUGGUGUUUGAUAGAUCAGGAGACCUAUAUAUUUUGAGAGCGAACAAUGAAAAGUAUAUCCUGUCAGACGGGAGUAUUGGACCUUCUACCACUCAAUUUUACCUUAGAGCAACUCUUGAUUUUGAUGGAGUGUUCACACUCUAUCAGCAUCCAAAGGAUUCUUCUGGCAGUGGAGGUUGGACCUCAGUGAGGUCUUAUCCAGAAAAUAUCUGUAAGAGCCAUCUUGCUGCUGCAAGUAGUGGUGUUUGCGGAUAUAAUAGCAUAUGCAAAUUAGGAACUGAUAAGAGACCAACUUGUCAGUGUCCAAAAUGGUACUCGUUGGUUGACCCUGAUGAUCCCUAUGGUAGCUGCAAACCCGAUUUUGUACAAGAAUGUGUUGAAGAUGAAGAUAGCAACAUAAAGGAUCUAUAUGAUUAUGAGGUGUUGAUCGAUACUGAUUGGCCUCUUUCAGAUUAUGUGCUUCAAAAACCCUUUAAUGAAGACCAAUGCAAACAAUCUUGUAUGGAAGAUUGUAUGUGUUCUGUUGCCAUUUUCAGGCUAGGCGACAGCUGCUGGAAGAAGAAGUUGCCACUUUCAAAUGGUAGAGUUGAUCCCACACUUAAUGGUGCAAAGGCCUUCAUGAAAGUGAGGAAGGACAACUUCUCCUUGAUUGGUCCUCCAAUAAUUGUGAAGAAGAAUAGUAGGAACACUUUGAUUUUGGUUGGAUCGGUGCUUUUGGGUAGUUCUGCUUUUCUCAAUCUCAUAUUGGUUGUAGCAAUCUGCUUGAGCACUUCCUAUGUUUUUCAGUACAAGAAGAGGCUUAGAAGACUUGGCAAAAAUGACUUGGAAACCAACUUGCGUUGCUUUACUUAUGAGGAACUUGAAGAAGCCACUGAUGGCUUUGACAAAGUGCUAGGGAAGGGAGCUUUUGGCAUUGUGUAUGAAGGAGUCGUCAACAUGGGUUCCAUUACUCGUGUGGCGGUGAAAAGGUUGAACACUUUUCUCUUGGAAGAGGUUCAGAAGGAAUUCAAGAAUGAACUGAAUGUCAUUGGCUCAACACACCACAAGAACUUGGUUCGUUUACUUGGAUUUUGUGAGACCGAAUCAGAAAGGUUACUUGUAUAUGAGUAUAUGAGCAAUGGCACUUUAGCAAAACUUCUUUUUGAUGGGGAGAAACCAAGUUGGCAACUUAGGCUACAAAUUGCUUCUGGGGUUGCUAGAGGACUUCUAUAUUUGCAUGAAGAGUGCAGCACACAGAUCAUCCAUUGUGACAUAAAGCCUCAGAACAUACUCCUUGAUGAUUACUGUACUGCAAGAAUUUCAGACUUUGGAUUGGCCAAGAUUUUGAACAUGAAUCAGAGCAGAACCAACACUGUCAUAAGGGGAACAAAAGGGUAUGUUGCACUUGAAUGGUUCAAAAACAUGCCAAUCACCGCAAAAGUGGAUGUCUAUAGUUAUGGGGUGCUGUUGCUUGAGUUAGUUUCAUGCAGAAAAAGUGUAGAAUUUGAGAUAGAAGAUGAAGCCAAAGCAAUCCUAACUGAAUGGGCUUAUGAUUGCUACUCUGAAGGUGCUCUGCAUGCGUUGGUUGAGGGUGAUAAAGAGGCAUUGGAUGACAUGAAGACAGUGGAGAAUUUGGUGCUGAUUGCCAUUUGGUGUGUGCAAGAGGAUCCUGGUCUUAGACCAACCAUGAGAACUGUGACACAGAUGCUUGAAGGUGUUGUUGAAGUGGAAGUGCCACCUUGCCCUUCACAAGUUACUAUUCAAUAUUCCCUAAACUAG